GUGAGUUUAGCAGACUACUACAGUACCGUACAAGCGUGUAGUACUACUUCCUAGUGCUUGUGCGCCUUGAUCUACCAGGCCUGGAUUCGAUCGGAGGCGAUGGCGAACGCCGGGCUGCGCGCCUACCGGGAGGUGCUGCGGCUGGUGCGGCGGCUGCCUGCCGACGCGCGGCCCUACUACGCGAAGUACGCCCGCGAGAAUUUCGUCAACUACCGCCACCUAUCCGCCGACGACGACCUCGCCGGCCUCCUCCGCCGCGCCCAUGCCCACUCCUCCUGGGUCCUCUCCAAGUACUCCAUCGACGCCGCGGAGGCGGCAGGGCGGCUCAAGGAGAUCUGCGGCGAGCGCGGUCCCGAGUGAGGGAAGACCGUGGCAGCAGCCCGCGGCGCGGUGGUGCGUGCACGCAAGGUGUUCGGCUAUAUGCCUCUGUACUGGUUUUUAAGUUCCCUGCCCGAACAGGGUGAUGUGCCCUGUUCUACCUCUACUGUGUUGUUUUAGAGCUGGGCGCUUCCAUGUUUCCAAAUGUUCUACAGUAGUGGAAAACAAGAUCAACAUUCUGCUUCUGACUUGGUAAUGUUCUGAGCUCGGAUCGACUAUUUAGAGGCUGUUCGGAGUCCCUCCGCUCUGCAACUCCGCUGCGGAGCGGAGCGGCUAAAAGGAUGCUCCGCACGCUCGCUCUGUAGUGAAGGAGUGGAGGAUUGCCGAACACAGCCUUACUACAUUGCUCCGUGUUCCAGUGCAGCCUUCGUGUUGCUCUGUUGACUGCCAACAACAUGCAUCGUAUUCCUUAACCGGAAAUCUCAGGUGCAUAACUUGGUAAUUCAGUUAGAAGGGAAACACUGGAAGAAAGAUUUUUUUUUCAUUUUA